AUGCCUAUUGCCGGUUCUAAGUUCGUACUUCUAGGAGCCGAGUUAUCGACUAAGAUAGAAUUGUUGCCGAUUGUGACGGCCUUAUACGGUAUCCGAGCUCACCCGUACACCCCUCCAGGGCGUAAGAGCUGGUCUAAGCAGCACCUCAAGUUGCGGACACCUCGACCGUUAACUGAUAGAUUCACAAUGGGCAACUUACAUCCGAAUAAGGAAUGGUGGCGAGAACGCCGUGUCGCUCCGCCCACAUUCAUGGGCUUCCCUGAUGUUGCUAAAAUUGAGCUGCGUGGGGGAGAGUUAUACGCUGAGAAGAUGGAUGCCCCCACUGUGGCCAUCAUUAUGGCGAAGUGUCUGAAGGAUGACAUAGGAGCACCCGGUAUCUGGAACAAGCUGGUGUGGCGGGCACAGCAUCUAGCGUGUCAGUCGACUGAGCCGGAGAUAUGCUACAUAUGGAGAGCUGUUAGUCAAAGAGAUUGGUACGACUCGCAUUUUGUGGCCACCUUCCUCGGCCGUUUGGACCGUCGGUUGCCGAUGUUUGCUAUACAUGACUGCAGUAUUGCUCUGGAAGGGUUCAUCAAUGACAAAUUCAAGAACGAAAGGUUGAAGAUGCGAGUCGGAUACGAGCGACGUAUCUUGGAUCAAGUUGAGCUUCUGCUAGUCAAUCGCGAUGAUUUUCGAGUGGAUGGUUUAUGCAAACUUGCCAGAAGGCUGGGGCCCUUGAUUGUGGAAUGA